AAACAAACAAACUCACUUUACAUUUAUAAUAUUAAGUAGGAGGGUAGUCCGAGCUGUCAAAGGGAUUGGACAUGUUUUGAACGUCUUAACAGUUUUUUUAAAUAAUAAAUAAAUAUACCUAGAGUGCAGUAAAUAGGAUAUAUAUUAAUUUGUUACUCGAUUAUAUUGCUUCAAAUUAGUGUAAAUAGCACGACUAUAUACGUAGUAGUUCAAGUGUAAAGUGAGUGGAAUAAGUAUACAAGUCAUAGACCGCAACUACCUACCUACACAGUUAAUCAUUAUACGUAUUUUAUGUUCACAAUUUCAAAAGUUUAUUAAUUGUUGAAAGUGUAAACAACCUAUCGCGACAGUUUGUCAUCACACAACGCGAAAUAUUGUGCAGCUUUCUAUUUUGUGAACGUACUUCUAUCAAUAUCGGAGUUUGUUCGGCCUCUGCUGAUUGCUUCACCGCAUUUUCUAGCAUUAUAGCUUCGGCACCAAUUUACUGUCGGGAUGUCUUCUGGAGUGAUGCGAUGUGCUGGAUGUUUUAAGAAAAUCGAGAAUAAUCUGUUUUUGAGCUGCAGCAUCUGUAAACAAGCUUACGAUCUCCAUUGUGCUGAUGUGGCCGAGAAAUCAUUCUGCAAUGCCAUGUCACACGAGCAUCGUGCCGCAUGGAAGUGCCCCUUAUGUGUCAGUAAACAGCCUAAAACUGACAACACUGAUACGCCAGUUCGUACUGUAACUCAAGGGGUUAUGACUCGUAGAGGAGCUGCCGCAGUCAGUCCAGUGGAUCAGCUCAACAUGUCUAUCGUGUCGGAUGCCCCUAUGCGCGGGGAUUUAGAUGAUAUAACGGACACACAGAUGCUGGCGCUCGAGAUACGUCGUUUCAGAGAAGAGUUGUCUGCAUCACGAAUCCAAAUGCAAUUACUCAAUGAGAAUAUGGCUAGGUUGUCGACAGGGCUGGAUAAUUGCAAUGCCCGCGUUGAUCGACUGUCUAUUCGUGUUGACAAUUUAGAACGUCAGAUCUGCGAGGGUAGCUCGAGUGCUACAUCAUGUGAGGAUACGCUGAUGAAGGCUAUUGAGCAGCUUAAAGCAGAACUAAAUGAUCGGGACCAGGAACUCCUUCUCAAUGACAUUGAAAUAUCUGGUGUCCCGGAGCAGAAAGGUGAAAAUGUGACACAUGUUACACUAACGCUGGCAACUAAAUUAGGAAUUAAACUGUCUGAGGAGGAUGUGGUUAGUGCGUCACGAGUGGGGUCGGUGCUGAGGACCUCGGAUGGACCCACACACCAACUACGGCCCCGGCUUAUCGUGGUUCGGUUGGCCAGGCGUACUCUGCGUGAUCAGUUCCUUCACGAAGCCCGUAUACGCCGCGGUGCCACCACCGGGGACGCUGGCCUUCCUGGCCCAUCUUGUAGAUUCUAUGUAAAUGAGAGACUUACUAGAAUUAACCGUUAUGUGUUUCAUCAGGCCCGUGAUGUCGCUAAGCGGUGUGGUUGGAGGUUUGUUUGGACUAGAAACGGUAAAAUUUUUGUGCGUCAUAAUAAUGAAAAUGGUACUGUUCGUCACCGUAUCGGCUCAGUACCUGAUCUUGUGAGGGUUUUUGGACAGGACAAUGUUAGUUCAAUUAAAAUCUAG